UGAUUUGCGAGAAGAAAAGAAGAAAGUUGCAUUACGAAAUUCUUAAAAAUGCUUUUACGAAGUUGACCCGAUUGGGUUAUACGUGUUACGUUUGCGCAGAUCGUUUUUUGGGGUAGGGAUCGAUCCAAUACAAUACCCGGUAAAAAGUAUUAAAAGCACGGGAUUUCAACGUGUUGUUUGUUGUGUUUUGUGGUGUUUUCAUGUUAGUAUUAUCGCUAAAGCAAUACAAAUAUUAAAUCAGCCAUGGACGAAGAUCUUUACAUAGAAUAUAACGAAAAAACAGGAGAACCUUUUCUAAGAUUAGGGGAAAAUAUUUUAAAAUUAGAUCGCGAAGAAAUAUCUGGGGAAUUCGCCGAGAAAGCAUUCAAAGAAUUAAGAGAAACGCCAGAAAAUCGUGAAAGAGGAUUAGAUGAGUUGAGAAAUUGGUUGAAAAACGAAGAGAAUUUUUUUAAACCAAACGAAGAUACGGCGUUUUUAUUAAAAUUUUUGCGACCCUGCAAAUUCUAUGCAAAAAGUGCUUUUAAAAUAAUGAAAAAAUUUUAUAAAUUUAAAGAAAAAAAUUUAAAAUAUUCCCAAAAUUUGAUACCUGAAUCUGUUGAGAGAUGUUAUAUUGACGAAAUUAUUACGUUUUUACCUGCUAGAACACUAGAAGGGAGCAGAAUUAUGGUUGUAAAUAUCGCAAAUUGGAAUCCAAAAGAAGUAUCUGUCACAACGUUUAUAAGAGGGGUAUUCAUUGCGUUAGAAAUUGCUAUGGGUGAACCAAAAACUCAAGUCGGUGGGGUUCAUGUCAUUUUAAACUUAGAAGGACUCUCUUUAAGUCAUAUUACACAAUUUAAUCCAUCGUUAGCAAGAAUGAUACUUCAAUUAGUUCAAGAAUGUUUACCGCUGCGAUUAAAAGGAAUUCACAUAAUAAAUCAAUUGACUCUUUUUAAAGUAAUUUAUGCGAUUUUCAAACCGUUUAUAGGAGAAAAAUUGAAGAAAAGGUUGUUUUUCCACGGGACAAAUUAUGAUGAGUUAUUAGCAAAAGUUGAUUCGUUUUGUUUGCCACCACGUUGGGGUGGGACUUUAAGUAGUCCUGACGCACCUGGACGGUUACUGUAUGAUAUCAUUCAUUUUUAUAGUUAUGAAUAUAAAGAAAUAAGUACUUAUGGAUACACAAAAAAGAUUGAAACGUAGAUUUAUAUUUGUUGUUAAAAUUAACUUUAGUUAUAUAUAAAUAAACUAAACUAAAUAAUAUAUA